AGUCGCGCCGGCCCUAGUCGAGGAUCUCCCCGUCCCCUCUCCUCUCCCGCCGCCGCUAGUCUCCACCCCGCGAGCCGCGGCGCCGGCGCCCUGCUGCUUCCGCCGCCGCCGCCGGCGAGCACCCUCCCGUACGCGCGCACAUCCUCUUCCGCAUCCAUCCCUCUCCACCAUCUACCCCGCACCUUCUCUCUCUUUGCCUGGGAAAAUUUUGGGUGGGGUUUAACUAAACCCCAAUUCCCCCCCACCGACGUUCGGUGCGCCGCGCCAGCAACUAGGGAUUUGAGAUGGAGAGCCGAGGUCAGCAGGAGCCUGGCAGCGGCGGCAGCAGUGUGAUGUGCCAGCUCGUCAGUCCCGAAGGCGACCACCUCGGCACCGCCCUCUACCUGCCGCAGAACGUCGGCCCGCCGCAGCUCCAGGAGAUCGUCAACCAUCUCCUCCACAACGAGGACAAGUUGCCCUAUGCAUUCUACAUCGGAGAUGAAGAGCUCUCUGUCCAGCUUGGUGCUUACAUGCAGCAAAAAAAUGCAAAUGUUGAGGUUACCCUGCGUAUAGUAUAUCAAUCACAAGCAGUUUUCCGCAUCAGGCCAGUCAACCGAUGCUCUGCUACAAUUGCUGGCCAUACAGAAGCUGUAUUAGCCGUUUCUUUCAGCCCUGAUGGAAGAUGUUUGGCUAGUGGUUCAGGUGACACCACUGUUCGGUUUUGGGAUCUGAGCACACAGACCCCAUUGUUCACAUGCAAAGGUCACAAAAAUUGGGUCCUCUGCAUUGCAUGGUCGCCUGAUAGGAGUCAUCUUGUUAGUGGAAGCAAGUCUGGUGAACUUAUAUUAUGGGACCCGAAAACAGGCAAGCAAUUGGGCACUCCACUUAUGGGGCACAGAAAAUGGAUCACUGCUGUAUCUUGGGAGCCAGUUCAUUUGCAGGCUCCCUGCCGCCGUUUUGUAAGUGCAAGUAAGGAUGGUGAUGCACGUAUUUGGGAUAUCACCACAAGGAAGUGCAUCAUUGCUCUUACAGGUCACACUAAUUCAGUGACCUGUGUCAAGUGGGGUGGAGAUGGUUUGAUUUACACUGGUUCUGAAGAUUGUUCAAUCAAAGUCUGGGAAACUUCUCAGGGAAAAUUGGUCAAAACACUGCAGGGGCAUGGGCACUGGGUCAAUUCACUUGCUUUGAGUACUGAGUAUGUUUUGCGCACUGGGGCAUAUGACCAUACUGGCAAGACAUAUUCAACGGCAGAUGAAAUGAAGGAGGCUGCUCUUGCGAGAUACAAGAAGAUGAGGGGCAAUGCGCCUGAGAGACUAGUUUCUGGUUCUGAUGAUUUUACAAUGUUUCUCUGGGAACCAACAAUUAGUAAACAGCCCAAAGCUCGCAUGACUGGUCAUCAAAAGCUCGUAAAUCAUGUCUACUUCUCUCCUGAUGGGCAGUGGUUGGCCAGUGCCUCCUUUGACAAAUCUGUCAAGUUAUGGAACGGUAUUACAGGAAAAUUUGUUGCAGCUUUCAGAGGGCAUGUUGCAGAUGUUUAUCAGAUCAGCUGGUCUGCCGACAGUAGGCUUCUACUGAGUGGAAGCAAGGAUUCCACCCUAAAGGUUUGGGAUAUUCGAACACACAAGUUGAAGCAGGAUCUGCCAGGCCACGCAGAUGAGGUGUACGCUGUGGAUUGGAGCCCUGACGGCGAAAAGGUUGCAUCUGGUGGGAAAGACAGGGUCCUCAAGCUAUGGAUGAACUAGGUUUCAUUUGGAAGGGGGCGGCUGGUUCUUCCGAGCACCUAUUACACUUGUUCUCAUGAUGGCAUUAUACAGUGAUCUCAUUGAUUGAUCACAAGUCGCUUCUUCCUUAGCGACAACGGAGUGGAGAAAGAAACUGGGAGAAACUUGUACCCUGUGAAGUCAACAUACAUGAUACAACACCCAAUUUGUUGUAGCAAUCAUAGUCAAAGGCAGUUUCAGAAAAGCAAGUUCUACGAACAUGCAACCUCUAUCACCAAGAACAAGAAACAACACUGUUUGAUCUCCUCACUUCCUGCAGAUGUAGUCAGUAGAUUUGGUCAUAUGUAAUCAUAUGGUCGGUGUACGAAUAAAUGGUCGGCAGUUAAUCACACUUUAUCAUCCACCAGGCAGUGGUGAAAGUAGCAAAGUUAAACAGUCUAUCUAGUAAUCCUAGUGACGAGGGGGAAAUUUGGAAAGCAAGAAAUGCGUACUAAAUCUAGUUGGAGUUCCCCAUUACAGUAGGUAAAUUUCAAAAAAUUUGAUUUGGUUAGAUGUCACAAGGGUUUUUGGACGCGAAUGAAAAAACGAAUUUCACUGCUCGUCUGGAAACCGUGAGAUGAAUUUUUUAAG